AUGAAAUCACCUUAUGAAGUUUCUGCUGUCAGUCUGGUGCGGUGCACAUAUGCUAAAGCAUUGUCAACUGCUCGACUAUUGCCAAAUGGUACUGCCACUCUCAAACUCUCCAUGCAUCAGCUAUGGAAUCUGAGACGAAUCGACGGUCCCAAAACUCCUUCUUCUGAUCGUCGAUUCCAGCUUGACAUUGGAGCUCGUGCAGUAUGGUUGACAACAUAUUUGUUCUGA